AUGGAGCAGACCGAGCUCGUGAAGCCAGACACUCUGGAGGAUUUGAUCAAAACUCUCCACAAGCUCUUUGAAAGCGACAGCGUCAAUGUGGAGGAGGUGCAGAGCAUCAUGGAGUCCUAUAAAAGUAAACCUCACGAGUGGAUGAAAUAUGCUACAUUUGACCAGUACAGACACAUCCUAUCAUUUUCACAGUGUACUAAAGAAAGCAAGAAAUGGUUAUUAAUCUGUUGUGUUUCUGAGUUGGCCUGUGUUUGGCAUGAUUGCAGCAGCAUCCACGAUCACACAGACUCGCACUGCUUCCUAAAGCUGCUCCAGGGUCAGCUGAAGGAGACGCUCUUCGACUGGCCNGACCGCACGCUGCAGGGGGGCAUGCUGCAGAAGUCCCAGCGGGUGCUGCUGGAGAACCAGUGUGCCUACAUCAAUGACUCCCUCGGGCUUCAUCGAGUGGAGAACGUGAGCCACACGGAGACGGCCGUCUCUCUGCACCUCUACAGCCCGCCCUUCCAGACGUGCCGGACGUUUGACCAGCGCACCGGACACCACAACAGCGUCAAGAUGACCUUCUGGAGCAAGUUCGGCGAGAGGACGCCGUAUGAAAGCACCGUUUCACAGGAGAACAACUGAGACGAGGGAAGCACGCCGGCGCUCGAUGGAAAUGUACACAUUAAAUUGAAACCGCAGUGAUGUUUAAAUCUUGCUCCAGCUCUUUUUUUUAAGAUUGGCAAAGGACAGUGGGAAGAGGGUCUCGCUGGUAAUUCAAGGCUCUUAAUCGUGGCCUGAAUAGACGCAUUAGUCCAGCCGUUCUCCCAGCAUUCCUGUGUAAUCAUGCUUUUGUGCCGUUACGGGACGGAUUUAUGAGAAGAAUCUGUGAAAGCUCCAGCAGAACUCAGCACUUGCUCUCCAUCUCCACACGCUCUUUUAUUCCGCGUCCAGAGAGCUUAUGUUUAUGAAUCUUGCCGUCAGUAAUCGAUGUCUCGUGGAACAAAUAUGGUCUCUGCAUUUGUAAUCUGGAGCUUUUAUUUAAAAUGGACCUGAAUCUUAGCUGGAAAUUCAUUUUUGAUUUAACAUUGAAGUAAAUAAAAUGUUUCCCAAAUGUU